CUGCGGAGGCAAGCUGGAAGGCGUCUUCACUCGGGACAGCAAGAUCAGUAUCCUUGCUUCUGACUAUCCAAAUGUGGAAGAAGCUGAAAGGUGGUACGAGCACCGCCUUGCUUCCGCCGAGGCAGGAUUGCCGGAAAACUGUCCAAAGCCGCUCCUAUCACUCACAGUCACGGACUACGAUCACGUUCCUUACUCAAGCUUGAGGGAGGUUCUGGCAUGGCCGCAGGUGACAUACAAGUUUCGGUGCCUGGUGCGCGUGCGAUCGGCAAAUCCUCCCAGAGCAGUCGACUUCUGCCGCUGCGUAAACGGGCAGUAUGUGUACCAGCUGCAGCUCACUCUGGAGGAUCCCACAGCGCAGAUCCACGCCUACUUGUUCGCCGAGGACGGGGAGAGGUUCUUCAAUGGCUAUCCCGCGGCUCGCAGGGAGGCCGAGGACGCUUGCCUGGGCGCUCUCGAGAGGAGCUUCAGCAGGCUGCUGUGCGCGAGCGAUGGCCUGGAUACUACGCCACCAUACGUCUCGUGCUGCAUCAAGUCCUACUAUGUGGACAAGGAGCAGCCAUGGACGAGCCGGCGCUUCCGGAUCUUUGGAACACGCUUCCCAGGAUAGAGGAUAGCCGAGACGAGACGAGACGAGACGAUCCUCGCGAUCCUAGAGACAAGAGAGAAAGAAAGAGGAGAGAGACCAUCGUGUGAGUAGAUAUCAAAACCACAAACUUUAAUUCUUUUGUGUCGUGGCAAAUGCCAAAUGGCGCUCUCCGGCCAUGGCAAUCGCUCCUGGCGCUCGCGAUUUCUUCCACUCCCUGGCCACCAGGAUAGGAUUCUCCGCCCGAAAGUUGCUAGUCUCAAGCGCCAGGAUCCCAUUCCGCUCGCUGAAACGAGCGUUGAGCUGGAGGAAACGAGGCGCGCUUUCGAUCUCCAGGAUUACGAGGGCGAUGGCAGCCAGGGGUAUGUCACCAGGAUCCCAGUGACCAGGCAGAAGUACAUCCAGGUUUCGAAGCUCGAUUUGGUGACAAGCCUCUCGCAAGGGCUGCGUUCUUCCGCCGGCAACGACGAGGAGGAGAGAUCCCAGUUUCUCACCAUUUGCUCCUGCCUAGAGUCUAUCCUCCAUGCCGAGCACAAAUCCCUGCUCGAGGAGCUUCGCGUGGAUAGUUUUGCGUCCAUUUCCCAGCAAGACCACAAGAGCACGCUCAACAUCAAGGAGAAUGGGAGGGCAGCAGCGCCUUCCAGCAGGACGUCUCGCUUCCAGCAGAAUAUCAUGCUCGUUCUCCGGAGAGCGCAGUUUCAAGAGCUCUCGGCACGGGACUUGCAGCUAACCACAGCUCUGAAUUCCGACUAUCUCCUCACGCUGCCGAUCGACAUCGAUUGGAAGAGCACGUCGUCAGCCAACGUUAUAAUCUUCAGGCGCGGCUACGCAACUGAGAAACAGGAAGGCUUUCUCUUUGGUGCAAAGCUGGACUACUUGCAAUCGUGGAUUCUUCGCAGGGUUUUCUAUCUCUUUGCACGGCCAUUGCUCGGGAAAAUGAAGGUGGAGAAUACAUGGACGGAAGCGCUGCGAAAGUGGCUUGAGGAGCCUUUGGCCCCCGACGAGUUGUUCGAAUACCAGGGACACAACUUACCAAUGUGGGCCGCGGCACAGCGAGCUGUUCCACGAUACGAAGCUGUUUUAUCAUCUGCUGGCUCUCGUGGCAAGUUGAUCCGGAGAUUUCUUACGUGGAUGCGAAUUCUACCGCCGGAGAAGACCGAGGUGACUAAUCUCUUCCCCGAAUCGUCACCAACAAAGGAACCAUCGCUAAGGCCAAGUUAUCUAAACAGGGUUUCCAUGGGAGACAUACUGCUUCCUGCUCUGGAAUCCAAGCUGAGAAGCAGCGUUUGGGAAAAGCUGAAAAACGUUUUCUCGGUUUUUCUCACAAAAUCAAGCUUGGAGGAACCGGCUUUCAAAGAGCUUGUUGUGAUGCACGAAAGAGCUCCAGUACACGUUGGCGUGGAUCCAUCAGAUCAUUUGAGGCUCGAGCUGAACACUUACAACAACAUUCCUGUUCCCGAUCUCAAGGUUGUGUUUCCAAACAAGAAGCUGAGCUUUAGACUGCUUGACACAGUUCGUUUGGAUCUUACAACAAUUGCCGGGCUUCUUGCUUUUCUUGUGAAUUACAGAUUCGAUGACCUCUUAAGUUCCCCGUCCGCAUUUAUCCUUGACAUUGUCGCAACGGUGUCGCUGCUGGUUUUCGUCACCAGAGUGUCCCUCGGUUACAAGCAAACUUGGGACAGAUACCAGCUUCUAGUGAGUAAGAGACUCAACGAGAAAACUCUUGCCAGUGGUUUCGGAGUCGUGCAUUUCCUCAUCGAUGCUUCGGAAGAGCAACAGUUUAAGCAAGCGGUUUUGCUGUAUGGAUUGCUGCUUCACAGCCGUCUCAGACACGAAGAUACAAAUCUGGAUCACGUUGGAUCGAUUUGCGAACAGUACGUCAAUGACAGAUUUAAACAACAGAUUGAAAUGCCUGUCAAGGAAGCCGUGGAAACACUCUCUCGACUAGGAGUGAUCACGGUGCUUCCGAAAGAGGGCAAGAUUUUGAUCCAAACAGUUCCUCACGAAGAGGCGAUUGGAUCGCUCCGGAAGAGAUGGCAAAAUCUCCUCACAGGCGAUCACAAGAUUUGGCAUUCGUGAGAGACGACGCGCGCGAAAAUUUGAAUGCGCAUAUUCGACAGGCAUAUACUUAGCGUGGGUCUAGAAUCUUCUAGACGAGCCCCGUUUAAAACCCCAGGGUUUUU